AUUCACAUUAUAGUUAACAUUUUUUAAUCUAUUUUAACUUUAUAGUUUCAUAUACAUACAUAUAAUACAUCCAGAAUAUUACCAAUAAAUCCAGUUUUAAAAACAAUACAUCUUCCUAAGGGGGGAAGAGGGUUUGUUUUUUAUAUUUUUUUCCAAAUUUAUUUCAGCAAAAUUACUAAAUUUCAAAUCAAUUGCAGAAGAAACGAAGUUACCAGUAUUUGUAUAACUAACUGUCUGUCUGGCGAUUAUCUAUACAUAUGUACAUAAUUUACGAGGUAACGCUGGACAUUUUUUUCUUCAAAGCUUAGCUACUUUUAUUAACUGAUUUUUUUGCCAAAAUUUGUUUCUUUUUUACUUUAACAUGUACCCAAAAAUUGAAAAAAAUUGAAUUUCGAAAAAGAAAACCAGCGUAAAGCGAGUAUCCAACGAUAUAAUUUUAAUUUUUUAGUUUCUUUAGAUUCAGCUAUUUUCCAUACACUCUAGAGUAAUUGCUGCCAUUGCCGUAUAUUUUAAUACACUGCUUGAUUUUUGUAACCAUAGUCAUACUAUGAUGUACCAACGAUUUUUGAAAAUGGAUUUUAACUGUUUCAUAAAAAAAAACAUUGAAAUGGGGCCUCUUAGGUAUCGCCAUAGGCCAAGCUCCCACUAUUUAAAAAUUGCUACAAAUGCCCCAAAGUAAAACAAAAAAAGUGUUUCAAUUCCACUUCGUUGUAAAAACUCUACAAAUGUUCAUUUUGACGUUCCCCACAGUAGUUUCAGCUGUUUAUGUGGAUACUGCCCCAACUACAUACAUACAUACAUAUGUAUGUACCAAUGUAUGCACUUUGGUGCGCAGUAACAAACAAGAAUUGACAGUAGUAAUUUGGCUUUGCUGUAUUGUUGACAUAUUUUGAUUUUGUGUAAAUAUUUACAUAUAGUACAAAUGCAGUUUAAAUACAAGAUAGUGAUAUAAAGUCAAAUUUUGUUCAUAUACUUAAAUGAUUCGAAGAAAUCAUGUCUCAAUUUGUCGAAUAUACUGAGCCAGUGUGGCGUGGCAUGAAUAUGCGAGACUUGAAAGUUGAUGAAGCAUACUUAGUGGUCAAAUCUCACUACAACAAACCGGCUUAUCUUUACAGUCGGUCUGAAGAAUGUUACACAUGCCCAUUUAGCUUUGCGAAAUCAAUGCACAACUUUACAUUCAAAUUAAAUGUGGCGCGUGGCUGGGAAUUUAAAGUGUAUGACAAAGAAAUGGAUGCGCUGACCGCUAAUGAAGUGCAAUGCAAUGACACGAACUGUAACAGUGUGUGCGAUUUGUAUGCGUCCGCAACAGAGUUGCAAGAAUUUGGGGUUUAUAAUUUUACGUUGCAUGAAAAUGGUAGCUGUGAGCUGAUAACAGAUAAAGCGGGCGUCAAUGUCAAUUUAUCGCUCGCUUCGGUGUUUAUCCUAGUCACUUUGGUUUUGGCUGCGAUACGAAUGGCUUGCUGCGCUUGGCGUUCGUAUACAUUCAGCCCCGAGGCGGCCGCUGCAACUGAAAUCAAUGCUGCGGUUGCGCCUGCGCAGACGAGCAAACGAAUGCGCAGUUUGGAUGCUUUUAGGGGCAUGGCAAUUGUUUUGAUGAUAUUUGUAAAUAGUGGCGGCGGUGACUACUGGUGGAUCGAACAUGCACCUUGGAAUGGUCUACAUUUGGCAGAUGUUGUCUUUCCUUCAUUCUUAUGGAUUAUGGGCGUUUGCAUACCGAUUUCGAUUAAGUCGCAAGUGGCGCGUGGGACGUCGAAGGCGCGAAUAUGUCGACGUAUCGUUUGGCGUUCACUUAAACUAUUUGCUAUCGGCGUAUGUCUAAAUUCCAUUAAUGGUCCACAAAUGUCCAAUUUACGUAUAAUGGGUGUACUACAACGGUUUGCUGUUGCAUAUCUAGUCUGUGGAUUGGUUCACACCGUCUUUAUUGAGAGGGAGUUUGUGAUGCCUCAGAUUGCUUGGAAGCGCGCUUUAUGCGAUAUUAUUUUGUUGAAAACAGAAUUUUUGGUAAUGCUCUCACUCAUUGCCAUUUACUUGGGUUUAAUCUUCGGACUUCCAGUGCCAAAUUGUCCGACCGGUUAUCUCGGUCCUGGCGGCAAGCACGCGAACGCACAAUAUCCCAACUGUACAGGCGGCGCUAACGGUUAUGUAGAUCGUUUGAUUUUAGGCGAUGCGCACAUCUAUCAGCAUCCCACCGCGAAAUUUAUAUACGGCGCACAGGCUUUCGAUCCCGAAGGUGUCUUUGGCUGCCUUUUGACUGUGGUGCAGGCAUUUUUAGGCGUCCUCGCUGGUGUUAUUAUAUUGGUGCAUACCGGUUGGAGCGCACGCAUUAAACGCUGGCUGUAUUGGUCGCUUGCUCUGGCUCUGCUGGGUGGCGCCCUUUGCUUUUUCACUGUGGAAGCUGGUCCCAUACCAAUUAAUAAAAAUCUUUGGUCUCUUUCUUUUGUUUGUGUCACCUCUGCUUUGGCUUUCUUCGUGCUCAGCAUACUCUACUUUGUUAUUGACGUGCGUCGCUGGUGGACGGGCUAUCCGUUUGUGGAGUCUGGCAUGAAUGCAAUUAUUAUGUAUGUGGGUCAUACCGUUAUGCAUAAAAUGUUGCCGUGGCACUGGCGCAUUGGACCGAUGAAUACCCAUUUCGUGCUUUUGCUUGAAGCCACUUGGAAUACCUUACUUUGGGUGGCGAUUGCACUCUAUUUAGAUUCUAUUAAGUUUUAUUAUAGUUUAUAAGGUGUAAAGCUAAAGGAAUUAUCCAAUAUCAACUGUUAAAUAUAAUGGAUUUUAUAGAAUUGUAAAUAUGUAUGUAAAUUUUUAUUUUAUAUAUACAUAUACUACUUCAUAAACUCAAGCUUAAAUUCGAAUCAUGUAAAUAAAUAUAUAUGUAAAUUUUUAUACAAA